UAUGAAGUGAUGGUUGAAUUAAGCGCUCAAUAGUUGGGUUGCCUUUCAGUUGAGUGCAUUGAAGCCAUACAGUGGUGUAUAGUGUUGUUGUACUAUACUAUACGUCACAAACCAUUAUAUUAGUGAUGGCUUUAUCUGACUGUUAGUGCCUUUCAAAUGCAAUUCAUAUGAAUGAUAACCCAUUGUGUAACCCAUUGUAUUAGUUUGAUAUUUGUGGCCAAAUGUGUUAACCGCACGACCAUCGGGAUGAUAUAAGAAGAAUGGGUCGAAAAAAGAAGAGCCAAAUAACUGUCGCAAAGACAUCACCGAUAGAUAAGAGAGUGACUCGUUCUAAGAGGAAUGAAAAGAAUGUGUCAAAUACUGGACCACCAAUUAAGCCACCGAUUAGAAGGAAGACGACGAUCGCUAAGAAUAAUACCAAAAGUCAGUCAAUAGUUUUGGAGACUUUGAAUACAAUUGAAUUGGAAAAUAUUGAAACAGAAAUUAUCAACGAAUUACAAACUAAUGAAAUUAUAACACCCGAUGAUAACGACAUUGACAUCAAUCAAACCAUUGAUGUCUCGCAUUUGAAACAAACCGAUUGCCAUCAAAUCGUUGCCAAAAAAUCAUUACCCGAACCUGUCUUAACAGUUGUGGACAAUGAGUUGAAUGGAAUAGUUUUAGAAGAUAUGUGCACUGAAACUGAGGUAAACAAUGCAAAGACAUCUCCUAAGAAAAAAGGCGGAAAACGCAAAGCAAAGACAGCUAAAAACGGUGCACAAGAUGUGGACAAUCAAACUAAUGGCAAUAAUAGCACUAAUAAAAGCCUUCCUUGUCUUGAUUGUGGUCUUGAGUUUCCUGAUAUGCAUUCGCUUGUUCUUCACGAGGUUACAGCUCAUGAAGAAAAAGGUUAUCGAUGUCAUGUUUGCGAAAAGGUUUUUACACGAAAAUAUCAUUUGGAUCGACACUUGCAAUUGACGCCCUGUUCAGGACAACCACCCCCAGCCCAUCCAUGUGAAGUGUGUGGCAAAGUAUACACACGCAAAGACAAUCUUCGGGAGCAUUUAAGAGUACACGCGGGAGAAGUGACUCGCAAGAAGAAAUUUAAGUGUGAGCACUGUCCUAAAAUGUUUCACGGGGCCAGUCUUCUCAGGAUACAUGUGCGCACUCAUACCGGCGAAAAGCCAUUCAAAUGUGACUUUUGUCCCAAAGCUUUUCCUUCAGGAGGAGCCCUCACCAAACAUAGACGAAUACAUACGGGAGAAAAACCAUAUAAUUGUCCGGAAUGUGACAUAAGGUUCUCAUUGAAAGGAACACUCAAUCGGCACAUGAGGAUACAUACGGGAAUCCGUCCGCAUAAGUGUCCCUAUUGUGGCAAACAAUUCAUACAAGCGGGUGGUCUUAAAGCUCAUCUUUUUUACCACACCGGACAAAAUGGCUUCAAAUGCGAGUUCUGUUCAAAGAUCUUCAAUCGAAAGGCUAGACUUCAGAUGCAUACACGUUAUGUUCACGAAAAAGACAGACCAUAUGAAUGCAGUGAAUGCAAUAAAAAGUUUACGCGAAAAGAAGAUCUUAACCGACAUUUUGUUUUACAUACGGGCGAAAAACCACACGAAUGUCCCACUUGUCAUAAACGAUUCUCGAUAAAGCCAUCACUGAAACUGCAUUUACUGACGCACACUAAGGAAGAGCCGCGAAGUUGUCAUGAAUGCGGUCGAGCUUUCAUUCGCAAAGAUUGUCUGCUAAGACAUAUGCGUAAAAGACAUCGCGAUUUGCUCGAUAAGAUUCUUCUGGAAGAAAAAGAAGAGAAUGAAGUGACUGGAACUUCCAGUUCUCCCAAUUCCAGUGGAUAUGCCGUCAAUAAUCGUGUUCUUAGUGAACAAAAGCUAUGCGAUUCUAUCCGAGAACUUCUUAGUCUUUUGGUAGAUGAGGCAACACUAAAGGGCUUUGGAUGGCCCGACGCACCGGUAGAUGAACUAUUAGAAGCUGUCAUCAAACGGUGCGGACACACCCCUGUGAAACACGACAGUUACAGCUAUUAUGAUAGGCUUAGGGAGAACUCGAAAUUAUUGUUCACUGUUGUCAUCGAUGACAAUGCAGUGAAGACUUUGCUCAACAAUCAAACUGUCGAUGAAGUGAUACUUCAUGUCCUUAGAUUAGCUAAAUCCUAGACUUCCCUUACAUUCCUUGUUUGGAAAUAUAUUAUCAAUUAUAAUAUAAUGAGUCCUUUAAAAAUACCCUAAUAAUUAUUACAAAUAUUUUAUGAUAUCUACAAACAUAUUUUAUUUGAAAGUGCCUUCAAAUUGCACUAUAUAUUAAUAGUGUUAAUAUCUAGUUAUAUCUUAACCCGUUUGGUCACAAUUAUGCGACACUCCUU